CAAGGCGAUCGGGGCACACAAAAAAGUUUCGAGGACAUCCGGAGAGGAGCUGCUGACGGCUGGUUUUUCUUUUUUUUGGGUUGGUGGGGCGGAAAUUACAUUUUUGCGCAGCAGAACACUUCAUUGCGUGCGCGUUUUUAUUCUUACUAUUAUUAUUAUUAUCCGGAUGAAGAUAGAAGUGCAUGCGAGGGGGGGACGUUAAACGAAGCAGGAGACAAGUGCAUCAUCGCACCAGGCAAGCCGCGCCCGGAUCCCACCCCAGCAACAGCAGCAGCAGCAGCAGCAGCAGGCUCCGCUUCCCGGCUUGGAGCAUGGCCAGUUCGAGCAAAGCCACUUUCAUCUUGCUCAUCUACGGAAUCUUAAUGCACUACAGCGUCUCCUGCACACCUCUCGGACUAAGUUACCCCAAAAUCAGGCUGGACAACGACGCGUUCGACGAGGACGGCAAUUCCUUGGGCGAGUUGGGCUUCGACGGCGACCACCUCGCCUUGCGCAGCGCGGCGGCGUCUUUCAACGACGACGGCGGCGGCUACGCACUCUACUACCCCACCGACAAGAGAGCAGAAAGGCAUGCAGAGGAGGAAUUAGAUAGAGCCUUGAGGGAGAUCCUGGGUCAGUUAACCACGCGGCAUUAUCUGCAUUCUCUGAUGACAAUGCGUGCAGGCAGUGAGGAUAACAGCAUGGAGGACGAAAGUGAGCCGCUCUCCAAGAGACACUCGGACGGCAUCUUCACCGACAGCUACAGCCGCUACAGGAAGCAGAUGGCUGUGCAAAAGUAUCUGGCGGCCGUCCUGGGACGAAGGUACAGACAGAGAGUGCGCACUAAAGGACGCCGGCUCGCCUAUUUGUAGUGCAGCCCUCCCACCCGCACACUUUGUGCGUGUAUACGGUAUAAAUGUAUGACCCCCCCCCCGCCCCCCCAACCCGCACACACGCACACGCAGCCAGUGUCAUCCGCCCAUCAUCCAUCCACAUGAUAUAGCAAAGCGGUGGAUUGCGCCUCUGUGUUCUCCUUCGACAUGAUGUAAUUAUGUAUGACGUUAAGACAUUAAAAUGAAUAUUUUAUUAAUAAUAUCGUUUCCCCCUCACCCUCAUUUUUUUUUUUGCUACGAGAAAAAAAAAAGGAACUUGAUUAACCCUCCUGUUAUUUUGCUGUCAAAUUGACUCCAUUUAAAGUAUAAAAGAAUACCAAAAAGUUCAGAUGUUAGCAUUUAAAAUGCAAGGGGGAAGGAUGAAUAAUGAGAAUGCUUUGGGGAUUAUUUCUUUCUUUUUCUGACUCUGGCUUCUUGAUAAUUACACAUCGGUGCCCUGGGUCAGAAUGAUCCAUUUUCAAGUAAAAAAAAAAAAAAAAAGAAAUCC